AAACGCAAUAAACCGGAAGCUGUCAUUUCUCUCAAAAUAAACAAUAUAUUUUUUUCUAUAUUUGCAAUAGUUGUGAGUCAGUUUUGUCUGACAAGUUAAAAACAGUUAAAGAAGAUGUUUGCUCAAGUUCAUGCAAGCACAGGACAGCCAAACAAUCCAGAUCUGUAUGAAGAAGUUAAGCUUUACAGAACUGCUAGAGACAGAGAAAAGUAUGAUAAUAUGGCAGAUUUAUAUGCAGUUAUUAAUACAAUUCAGAGUUUAGAGAAAGCGUAUAUUAGAGAUGCUGUUUUACCUAAAGAAUAUACUGCAGCAUGUUCAAAACUAUUAGUGCAAUAUAAAGCUGCUUUUAGACAAGUUCAGAGUGAAUUUACUACUGUAGAAGAAUUUAUGAAGAAAUAUCGACUCGAUUGUCCAGCAGCUUUAGAAAGAAUUAAGGAGUUAAGACCUAUAACUAUUAAGGAUGAUAAAGGAAAUACAAGUAAAUGUAUAGCUGAUAUAGUAUCGUUAUUUAUUACUGUCAUGGAUAAAUUAAGACUAGAAAUUAAGGCUAUGGAUGAGAUAUAUCCAGAUAUAAGAGAAUUGGAAGAAACCAUGAAUAGGUUAAGUAUUUUGCCAUCUAAUUUCGAAGGAAAAGAAACUGUGAAAAAGUGGCUAGAUACAUUGAGUUCCAUGACUGCAUCAGAUGAACUGGAUAAUAAUCAAGUUCGACAAAUGUUAUUUGAACUGGAAUCAUCUUAUAAUGCUUUUAAUCGUGUAUUACAUGACCACUGAGAUUAUUACCCUAUUCAUCAAACAAUAUGUAUGUGGCAUAAGAGUGGUCUUCUGCUACCAAUAAACUUGUUUUUGUUUGACAGAUUUUUUUUGUCUAGAUCAAUUGUAUUUUUUAAUGAUCGUCUAUAAGGUAAACAUUCUGCUGUGAAAAGAGUGUAAGCCCUCAGGUUUUAUUCAAAACAAAUCUUAAAGUAGAAAUAGCCCAGUCAUCUGAUUAUUAAAAAUCUUAUAUCUAGUGUAAAUUGGUUCAUGGAAUUAUACAGAUGAUCCAAGCAAAGAUAUUUGUGCACAUUCAGGUUCAAUUGGAAAAAUUGGACAGAGCCGGCUCUUUUCAUAGAGGCAGAAUAAAUAGUUAUUAGUGCACUUUACAUUGUGAUCAUACCUUAUUUUUUUUACCUUGAAAUAAAAUGUAAUUUUGAAUCACAUCCCAAUAUUCAUAAGUAUCUCUGCUUGAUUAUAAUUGUUAUGUUCUGGGGUUAAAACUCUAUUCUUAUGACCCGAUCAAUGCUUUGAUUAGUCUUGAGAAAGAAACCAUUCUAUUAAAUUAAAUAAGAAUAAAUAACUUCCUAAUGUGCAAUCUUGAGAGGUACAACCAUUAACAUAAAUCUUGAACAUACUAAAAUAUGAUUUUCUAAAUAUUAUACCGACUGGGGAAGUGUGAUUUAAAAUAAAUAAGUUAUGUAUAUUUAUAUAAACAUUAAUAUAUAUGAAAUCUUGAGGGGUAUCAUUAUUGGUUAUACCCAGAAUAUUAUGUAUUUGUAUAUUUUUGUCUGUUUUAUAUAUUAUUUGUAACAAAUGUAUAGCAAUCAUAAUAAAUGUUAAAGACAG